AUGAACAAUAACAAUAAUAAUAAUAUUCAUUUUACUCAAGAAGAUCAUGUUUAUUUGUAUUAUAAAGGAAACGAUAUUCCACAAACUCGAUGUAACAAUAAUAAUGAGCUCGGCCACAAUUCAUUUUUUGAAUGCGCUUUAGAAUCGAUAUGCCACGAUCCAUGCGUUCCACCAGUGCUCACUGAAGAGAAACAAAAACGCAGAAUGAAAAUCGGACAUCUUGAAAGUUUGCGUGAAAGCUCGCGCCGAUUCAAACAGAAGCAGAAGCGCCUCGAAAAAGAAACCGCUGUUGUGAAUAAAAGCCUUCGUGAUCGUCUCGAUAUCAUUGAUGGCGUCAUUAUGCCGUAUUGCUAUAUUUUGAAAAUGCACAAAAAAUCAUUAGAGGCCAUCCAAAUCAUUCGGGACAAGUUUACAGCACUGGAAGAGGAUCUCGCGGAUAGUCAAAAACUCGUCGACGACCUAUUGACGGUUAGGCAGCAAAUCAACGAAAGAGAUAUUCGAGCGUUGAAAUCGAAGACGCGCCACUUCAAAUUUCUUGCCAAUCUCAAAUCGGAGAUCGCGAGCGCCGAUUUCGAGGCGCUCAAAUCGAGCAUCGUCACCAAAAUCAAUCCGCACGUGUCGAGGACGAAUCAGCGAAUUCGGAUUCUAGAGGAUCUGCUCGAAUGUGUUCGUCUUAAUGAGGUUGUCCAAAAGCCAUGCGGCUUUUCAUCUUGCUGA